ACCUUGAGAGCCCGCAACUUCCGUUACCAUUUUACGCUGGCCGAAGCUUGUCGCUACGCAAAAUGGCGGACAAGAAGCCACUAUGUACUCCGGCGGAGCUCAUGCUGAAAGUGAUCCUAGCAGGAACCUUGAGCCACUAUGAAUCCCGCGGGAUGAUCGACGACAAGCGUCUAGAGCACAUGCUCGCUGCUGGAAAACAGAUCCUGUACAAGACUCACCAGGAAAGUGAAGUUCGCAAUAAUCUCGGCAUGUCUCCAGACAUUUGGGCGGGUCUCACAGAUGUGCUCACCAAGGCAAUUCCGGUCCUUGAAUCCCAAUCUUUCGCAUGGAAGAGUCCCAGGGCUGCACUCGAGCACUCUUCCUCCAACCUCAUUGCGUACAACUAUUUUUCGUUGGUGAAGGAUAUCGAGCGACUCAACGAUCUGUGCACCAUCGCGCGGAACCUGCUUGCAACAACAAAAAUGGCACAAAACCUGGCUGCUGAGAAGGGAUUUGACCAACGUAUUCUCGCACUAAUUGACACUUGCGUGCGAGUCACGGCAAGAGGAUUCGACGGCGAAACGAACCCACGAAAUGAGGAACGCUGGCAAAAGGUUGUGAAUCUAUACAAGCGACUUCUCAUUACAUGUCUCCAAUACCUUCACAACUUCAUCAUGCACAAUGAACACCGAAAGAUGGUGCUCUGGUUGGAUCUUUUCGGGUAUCAUUCGACUGCCGAUACGAACAUUAUCCAACCCAAAGAAGCAUUGGACUCAACGGCUCGGAUUGAAGGAGUUGCGCCCAUUGUGAAGGUUGGAGAACGAGUCAUUAAUCCUCCCAUUCGAGCACUUUAUGAUCAGACUGCCGAGGACCUCCUUCUGGAGACCAUUGCGAAGUUCCCACGCGAGCCAUCCACCAUUAAGGAGGAAGCGGCAAUGCUUCUCCUCGCAAAUAUCAAGGACCACAUGGAGAAGAUCCUGGGGCGAGACUUGACCGAUAUCCAAGAGAUGGGCCGGGAUCCCGAGCAAGUCAAGUACAUCCGUGCUGCUUUGACUUCAAUCCUGGGAGCUAAAGUUGAUGGGUGGUCUGAUCUACAGGAGAGGGCUCGCGAAUUGCCCCCUGCUCUCCCGGAAGAGGAGCACGAAGCUACUAGAAAAAAGACUAUUCUCACAAUCGAUCGUAGCAUGACUGCUGGCUUCCCCCGACUGUGCUGGGCCGACUUCCCGGAAGUGAAAGCCUGGUUGGUAGACGCGCCGGUAACAGAGGAGGACACUAGCACACCGCAAUCAUCCGAAACAGCUGCCGAUACGCUACAGGAUGCCAAAGAUGAACUGAUGGCUCGGUUACAAGAAGCUUCCCAGAUUGGUGACGAAGGUGCUGAAUACGAUCAUGGAGAUUCAGGGACUGUGGGUGAAGAUGACGCGCACAGCUUGGAGGGCCACGCGGACGGGAGUAUCGAUGAGGAUGAAGAGGAGGAUGACGAUGAUAUCGAUCGGGGUGAUGAUGGUGGCGAUGUGGAUGACGACGAAGAUGAUGACGACUAUCGCGGUCGUCCUGGCGAUCAACAGCGUGGCCUGCUGACCGAUAUUCCUCUUGUGUUGGGACCCGCUGAAAUCGAGGCUCUACCUAUGAUAAUACAGGCGGGUAUCGUCGACAGUUUCGGACUCAAGGGUGGUGAGCGAAAUGGCUCGCGCAAUAUGCAAGCCCUCCGAUGCCAUAUUCUUCUUACGCAGGAGACUGGCCGGAACCUUCUCCGCGAACUUUUGAUCUUCAUUGCUGCUUGGGAUCUUCCGGACGACGAACUUUACUUCAAGAUGAUGGUCCAAAUCAUGGAGGCGGUUCUCCGUAAUGGCCUCAUGUCCCACGCAUACUCUGAUUUCGGUCAACCCAAGGACAUCAUAUCUCCAGCCCAGGCUGUGGUCAUCAAAAUCCUGACGCACAUCUUCCGUGCCAAGUACUCGCCCGCCUCCGUGACGGGCUCUAUGCAAGGCAGCGUCCCGCGGACCCCCUCGCCUCUGAGCCGCGUGGACAUUCUUACAGUGCGGUACAUUUUCACCAUAUUCCGCGGCAACAUCAUCCCGGAAACGUGCGCUCUCAUUUACCUCCAGGGUCAAAUUCGCGCCGAGCGCGCCUUGCCCGAGGACUUCCCACUCAACCUGUGGGAUAUGGAGCGCGUCUAUGAAGGCGUGUAUCAAUUCCUCGAGUUCUUCGCCGUGCUUACAGAGAACAAUGACUGGAAGAACAUCCUUGUGAAGUGGGAGAUUGUCUAUGACCUGGUCACCCUCAUCAAGGAACUGGAAGCCAGCAUCCCCAAGGGCCAACUGAGCUCCCUCUCCUUCGGCUCAGUGCCUCCCCCACCCCCUCCACCCCGCAGUGCCUCGCCUGGUGACCACUCCAAGCCUGCCUCGCCUACGCCGGUGGCCGUCGAGCGGCCGUAUGAUCCUAGCGAUCCAGCAGACCCGCUUGACAGCCAUGCUGGCAGUGUCGACUCCCGGCCCGAGUCUCCUCCCAUUACCGAAGACCCCUCCGAGUUUGAGUGGCGCAACCUCAAGAAGCUUGUCGUUCUGGUCCUCUCAUCCCUGGUGUGGAAAUGCCCCGAGGUCCAAGAGCAGAUUCGGCGCUAUGGCGGCGUGGAGGCUAUCUUGAUGUGCACCUCAUUCGACUCAAACAACCCUUAUAUCAAGGAGCAUGCCGUCAUGUGUCUCAAGUUCCUGCUGGAGGGUAACCGGGAGAAUCAGCGUCUGGUCGAAGAGCUUGAGGCGCGUGAAGUGGUCAAGGAUGACGGUGGCGUUCUCGAGCGCAGCGGUUAUGAGGCUAUGAUUGACCAGGCAGGCAAGCUUGCUAUUCGGCCUAAGGAUGCUUCGGCCUAAAUGGCUUAUCGUGGAUUCUUCUCGUUGACGUCACUACGCCAUCUAAUGUGAUACGAGUGCAUAGCGCACAGCAUCUACAAUGCUUGUUGUUUAGAGUAAUUUACAAAAUUUACAUUUUAAGUUGAACAUGAACAUGAAACUCUCUACAAAGGAAUGUACAAUUGUCUCCCAGAACUGGAGCAGAAAUAGUCGUACUGGGUUGGGUAUCAUCAUGCAUUCAUUGGAGUGUGUCGUCUUCAUAGGCGUCAAUCGAAUAUGCUCAUUGCCCCUCGUGAAAUGCAUCAUCAUAUCAUGCCUGAACGCUAGACCAGGCCAAACCACCUUCUACACCAGGAGGCGAUUUUAACCGUACAUGCCAUCCCACUCCUCCUCUUCAUCCUCCUCGACAAGCUUCUUGCGCUCUUCAGCCUUAUCCCGCAGCUGCUUAGCAAAGUCUGUCCGAUCUAGCGGGCAAGUGCCCCGCAGUCUGAGCCAGGGCCGUACACAUUCCAGGUCGAAGAGGUGGGUUGGGUGGCAGGGCAGCUGGACGACGAGCGGAUACUCAUCAUCGAGGAAGGGGUUGUUGCAGAUAGGGCAGGUUUGGGAGGCGUCGAGGGAUGCUUUGGGAACACGUUCAAGC